GUCUUUUUCUGGCUGUAAAUUAGCCCAUUCCAUUAUAGCCUCGGAGAAAGAAGGGAGAAGACAGGAAGGAAGGAGAGAGUGAGACAAAGGAAUGAGUGACUGGUAGACAUAAAGGAUUCCCGUCAUUAGGUGGAACUGUUGAUUGGGAAGCAGCAACAUCGUCACUCCGGCAAUGCUGUGAAUGCUGAGUCACGUAAGGCGCGUGAGCGAGAGAACCUGGUAACCGAGGGUAGAGAAAAAGGGGAGAAAGAUAACGUAACCGGAACGAUGCUGAGGGGGUGUAAACGAAAGCAAAAAAGUCCGGGUGAAGAAUAGGGGGACUACAGUAUUCACGAUGGAGGUAAAGAAACCGGGAACGAAAGAGCGAGUCGCAAAAGAAAAAAGAACAGACUUGGAUCGGGGUAAGCAGACAGGGAGCGAGGGAUGAAGCGCUGAGUGCAAGCGAGAUAUGAACCGAAGCAGAGUGCCGUAAAAUCGGUGUGCACACCAGAUAAAGAGAGAGAGGGAGACAGGUUGGAGUGAAGAGGAGGGAGGGGUGCUGGCAGCUAACGUGGCUGAGGAGGAGGGAGUUUGGGGGGGCUGUGCCAUCGGAGCAGAGAAACACCGGAGAUCAGCGGCAGACGCCAGACCCUCCGGAGUCAGACAGAGCUCGCUUUCCCCAGAAGAGAGGACAGACCGGAGGACUAACAGAAAGGAGCGAAGGAGCAGAACGGGGAGGAAAAUAAGGGAGGGGAACUCCAUCCACGCCUUCUUUCCUCAGCGCCUACCAGCCACUCGCUGUGCUGUGCAGUCGACUGUUGCUCGGACUCCCUCAGACAGCCUUGGUGAAGAACAGCUUACAGCUCACACAAGUGGAGCAACGGUUUAGCAGUGUGUUGUUGCGGUGUGGUUUCAGGAGAAGCUGUCAGCACUCUUCAUCAUUAAGGCUUCAUCCAAGGCAAGACCUGACGAGCAUUAUUAUUCCAUCUUUGGAGGGACGUUCACAGUGGAUGCGUAGUCAUCUAUGUUUCUAGCGGACCAUCUCAGAGGAAGAAACCAGAAGUUUGGGUUUGUUGCAUAUUCACCAAGUCUGCUUCCGGGGAAUUAAAGUAGUGUUGACAGUUGUAUCAACCUUCUCCUCCCUUUAUUCCAGGACAUCACAUCAACACCUACCACCACAUGGAAACUAUCUAAGAAGGUCUUGUGUUUUUUUGUUUUUCGGUUGGGCUACUUCUCAGAAGGAACACUGCUAUCUGCUGUAGCGAAUGAUCCAAAUAUCUUAUUUUUGUUGUUUUUCAAGAACAUAAGUUUAAAAUUAUUGGUCCCUCACUUUGUCUCUAGCUAUGACACCUAUGCAGAAACUGCUCCAGUUGCCGGUUAAUGCCAUGAACAUGGUGAAGACCGCUCAAGAUCAGAUGGGUCUUCAAGAUGAAGCCAAGAGCCCUGUGAUGUCCCCUGAUGGCGGGAACCAUAACUGGUACAACGGGGAACCCAACGACCCGCGCCAUGCCCGGUUCGGCAGCGGAGGUGGAGGCGGAGACCAGGAACAGGAGGAACGGGCCCAUUUGGAGGAAGGUGGAGGUGGCGGCAGCGGUUUAACCAGCCUCGUGACCCAGCCUUUGCGACAUGAUGACUUAAAAGAGAUGCUGGACAGCAACAAAGACUCCCUGAAGCUGGAGGCUAUGAAGAGGAUCGUGGCUAUGAUUGCCAGAGGGAAGAACGCCUCAGACCUUUUCCCAGCUGUGGUGAAAAAUGUGGCAUGCAAGAAUAUUGAGGUGAAGAAGCUAGUAUAUGUUUACCUGGUACGCUAUGCAGAGGAACAGCAGGACCUGGCUCUUCUCUCAAUCUCCACCUUUCAGCGAGGCCUGAAGGACCCCAACCAGUUGAUCAGAGCCAGUGCUCUGCGUGUUCUCUCCAGCAUCCGAGUCACCAUCAUUGUUCCCAUCAUGAUGCUGGCCAUCAAAGAGGCUGCCUCAGACAUGUCCCCCUACGUGAGGAAGACAGCCGCUCACGCCAUCCCCAAACUCUACAGCCUGGACCCAGAUCAGAAGGACUGUCUGAUUGAAGUAAUUGAGAAACUGCUGGCUGACAAAACCACGCUGGUGGCGGGCAGCGUGGUCAUGGCAUUUGAGGAGGUGUGUCCCGAGCGGAUAGACCUGAUUCAUAAGAACUACCGCAAGCUGUGUAACCUGCUGAUCGACGUGGAAGAGUGGGGUCAGGUGGUCAUCAUCAACAUGCUCACGCGCUACGCCCGCACGCAGUUCCUCAACCCCAACAUGAACGAAUCCCUUCUGGAAGAGGGUGGCGGAGAGAAGGCCUUCUACGGCUCUGACGGUGAUGAUGACGAGGAGGAAGACAAGGAUGAGAAGGACAAGAAGAAGGCUGAGGCGCCUUCUGUUGUCAAGAGGAAGCCUUAUGUCAUGGACCCCGACCACCGGCUGCUGUUGAGGAAUACCAAGCCCCUACUGCAGAGCCGAAACGCAGCAGUGGUAAUGGCUGUGGCCCAGCUGUAUUUCCACCUUGCGCCCAAAGCAGAGGUGGGCGUCAUCGCUAAGGCCCUGGUACGCCUCAUGAGGAGCCACAGUGAAGUCCAGUAUGUUGUCCUUCAGAAUGUGGCUACAAUGUCGAUUAAAAGAAGGGGAAUGUUUGAGCCUUACCUAAAGAGUUUCUACAUCCGCUCCACAGAUCCAACACAGAUUAAAGUGCUCAAGCUGGAAGUUCUGACCAAUUUGGCCAAUGAGACGAACAUAUCCACCAUCCUCAGAGAGUUUCAGACAUACAUUAAAAGCAUGGAUAAGGACUUUGUGGCGGCCACCAUCCAGGCCAUUGGCCGAUGUGCCACUAAUAUCGGGGAAGUGAGGGACACCUGUCUGAAUGGCCUGGUCCAGCUGCUCUCCAACAGGGACGAGUUGGUGGUUGCCGAGUCUGUUGUUGUGAUAAAGAAGCUACUGCAGAUGCAGCCUGAGCAACACAGCGACAUCAUCAAGCAUAUGGCCAAACUCACAGACAACAUCCAAGUACCCAUGGCACGGGCCAGUAUCCUGUGGCUGAUUGGCGAGUACUGUGAGCAUGUGCCCAAGAUCGCUCCGGACGUCUUGAGGAAGAUGGCCAAGACCUUCACCAACGAGGAAGACAUUGUCAAGCUGCAGAUCAUCAACCUGGCAGCUAAGCUGUACCUGACCAACUCCAAACAGACCAAGCUGCUAACCCAGUACGUUCUGAACCUGGCCAAGUACGACCAGAACUAUGACAUCCGCGACCGGGCGCGCUUCAUCCGCCAGCUCAUCGUGCCCACCGACAAGAGUGGCGCUCUCAGCAAGUAUGCCAAGAAGCUGUUCCUGGCCCUCAAGCCUGCACCCGUUCUGGAGUCUCCAUUUAAAGAUCGAGACCACUUCCAGCUGGGCUCGCUGUCCCACCUGCUGAACGCCAAGGCCGGCGGCUACCAGGAGCUGCCUGACUGGCCCGAGGCCGCCCCAGACCCCUCCGUGCGCAACGUGGAGGUUAUUACCCUGCUCGAAAGAGUCACAACUUUAACCAGCGUGCCCGAGUGGACAAAGUGCAGCAGCCGCGAGAAGAGGAAAGAGAAGAAGGUGGAGAAGCCGUUCUACUCCGACUCGGAAGGAGAGUCUGGACCAACGGAGUCAGCAGACAGUGCGUCAGACACAGCCAGCGACUCGGAGAGUGGCAGUGAGGAGAGCGGCUCGGGAUCUGAGAGUGAGGAGAGUGACCAGCAGUCUGAGUCCGGAAGCGAGGAAGAUGAGGAGGAGGAAGAGAGGAAGAAGAAAAAGGAGAAAAUCAAAGCAAAGAAACCGGUUCCAGAAAGUGAUAGCGAGCAGAGCAGUGAAGAGGAGGGGAAGAAGACGGAGAGUAAGAACAAACCACGCAGGGGUGGCUCGGAUACGGAAUCGGGGGAGGACAAAGAUAGUGAAACAGAGAGCAGCGAAUCGGAGGAGGAGGAGUCAGAGGAGGAGUCAGAGGAGGAGACCAAGAAGAAAAAGAAGGCAACAGUAUCCAAACCUCCUUCCAAACCACCCAAAAUAGACAACAAGAAAGAGAAGAAAGAAAUGUCUCUCCUGGAUCUAGAUGACUUUGACCCUGCCCCAUCUCUGUCCCAAGUCACGCCACUCAACAACUUUCUGUCCAGCAGUCUAGUGACAGAUCUGGAGGGUUUGUCCCUGACCGACAACGUUUUGUCCCCUACAACCAUCACCCCAUCCGGCAACCUGAAGACCUAUGAGCUUCUCCACCGCAUCACUGGAGAGGGCCUGUCGGUGGAGUAUUGCUUCAGCCGCCAGCCGUUCAGUCCCGACCCACACAUGGUGGCCGUUCAAAUCCAGUUUACCAACAGUGCCGCCUCUGAGGCCAAGAACCUUCACAUAGAGGAUGCCAAGCUGCAGUCAGGAAUGAGGAUGAAAGAGUUCCCUGAGAUUGAGACACUACCUGCGGGCGAGACUGUUAGCGUGGUGAUGGGCAUUGACUUCUGUGAUUCCACACAGGCUGCCAACUUCCAGCUCUGCACUCAUACUAGGAAGUUCUUUGUGUCGAUCCAGCCGCCAGUCGGAGAGCUGAUGAUGCCCAUCUUCAUGACCGAGAAUGAAUUCAAGAAGGAGCAAGAGACGCUGUUACAGAGUCCGGGUCAGUUGAUGGGCAUGAAUGAGAUCACGGAGAAGGUGACCCUGGGGGAGAAGUGCCAUGGUGAGCACGCUGUCAUUCAGAGAGUUACCACUGCCGCCAAUCUAAGCCGAGUCCCCUGUGGCUCAGACAAGGAGUGCAGUCCUCCUGUUCCUCUUCCCCCGUCUCCGGUUCACAGGUUCGCUGGGAAGACGGUGACCAGUGGCAGCCUUGUGCUGGUCAGUGUGGUGACCAAAGACAAUGGCGCCGCCCAGGUGACAGUCAACUGUGAGAAAAUGGUGAUCGGCACAAUGUUGGUCAAGGACAUCCUUCAGACCCUCACCCAGUGAUGAUCCCCCCAACUCUUGACCUCUUACCUUUGAACCCAGUAAAUUAUUUCCUCUCCUACGGUUUGGUUCUGUCUCCCUCGGGUCAAUCCGCUCCAGUUCCACAUACAGUGCCCCCAUAGUUUUGAUUUCUGAUACUCUGUUAGGGUAAGUGAAGGUAAAUGAUAAAAUGUAGAACCCUGGUUUCUUAUCCAUUGUUCAGGGAAUGCUCUGCAUGUGAUGCAGAUUUUAAGUUAUGAUUUUCCUUGACUUAAAGGAGACAUGACUAUCUGGAUAUAAUUGUCUUUUCUUCUUCAGUUCUGUUAAAUUUGUCUUAUAAAAUCCUACUGAAACCAAUGAAGAAUGGCAUUACUGUACAUGAUUUGGAAUUACGAUCAGUCAUGAAUCUUGUUAAUCACAACCUCAUAUUUACCAAUGUCAUGGCUGCUGUAAAGGUUCCACAUUCUCUUGUUAGCCAUAUCGAGGAAUGAAUCAUGAUGUACACUACAGCAUCUUCUAAAACAGACUGUGCGUCCUUAACUAUACUCUUGCUAUACUUUAUACAUUGUUUAAACCAAGCGCAUAUGUAGCAUGUAGAAAACACCAUGCCUUUUAUGAAAUGUGGAGAGGUACCAUUUCCCCAUUACCAGUAGUUAGGUAACAGGGUCAUAUCAUCAUGGAAUACAUUGCCGCUCCUCCAUCUAAUAUUUAUUUUGUCUGCUGAAUGUUCAACAAAGUCCCCUUUUGGAUAUUGUGUAUUGUUCUCAAUUUGUUAAUUCUCAGUAUACUUGGUAUUCUCACAGCAAUUCUGCAGUAGUUAUGUCUUCUGAUCCCAAAAAAACACAUACAGUAUUGUAUAAAACAAUAUGUUGUUUUAGAAAAUGUGAUUUUCAGUCAUGACAAUGUUGCAUCAUUAUGGCCCAUACGGCAAUUUAUUCUGUUCACAGAAUCUGUCUUAGUUUUACUGCCUUUCCAUACACUUCGAUCUAUUCUUACUGUAUUCCAUGCAUAGGAUAGCAAUACAGUAUGGAAAAUUUGAUUCUAUCUAGCUAUAAACCUGAGGCUGAAAAAAAGUUCCAAGUAAAUCUAAAUGGACUCGUAAGGAAGCUGCGCCAUCCUGUGUUGGGCACCAAUAGGUCACAGAAGAAAAUGGCCUUGCUCUGUGACGGGGAGACCUGUAUAUCUGCAAACUGCCUACAUGUGUCAUAGGUUAUGUAUUUGUUGUUUAAUUUCUUUGCCAUUGGAAGAUGAAAUUGUAUCAUCUCACCAAAGGAAUUCAAUCUAAAUGUAAAAAGCCUCAAUGACAGUUAUCACAGAUAGUUGAAGAAAAUUAAAAAGGACAGUGAUAGUACCAGUAAAUCUUUCAAGCUGAACUUAAUUUACUGAUUGAUCAUGGAGUCAAUGUUUAGAAAAGGGUGCUGGGAGUGGUUAAGUGUUGUCAUUUCAAACUCCUUUUACUACUGAUAAGCAAACAAUUUCAGGGCAUUUUUGGCUUAACUCAUACAAACACAUAUCUUGUGAAAUAAAAUAUUGGAAGUACUGCUAUUUAUGGCAGUGGCCUAUUAUUUUAUCCAGCUACCCUAAAAUACAAUGAUAAAUAACUUUACGGUAUAAAUCUUUCUCAAAAUGUCAACUUUGAAAUAUAUUGAAGAUUAAGAUAAGAGUGGAUAGAUAGAUCUUUUAAAGGUUAUUGUUAUUUAAGUGCACACUGACUUUCUCUUUCUGAUGUCAGGAUUACGGUCUAUGAUAUUAUCUGUGUGGUUGUGAAAAAUGUAUUACAGCUUUAUUUAUUAUACAAAUGAAAAUAAUAAAAUAAGAGAG